CGCUGGUGACACUGCAGUGUUUGAAGAUGGGCAAGGAGCAGGUCAUUACUGAUUUUGAGGAGUAUUUCCAGGAACGAGGACCAACUGUUACAUUUAGCAACUUGCAUUACUGUGUUCAAGAGACAAGGUUCUGCCGCAAAACAGGCCCAGAGAAACACAUCCUCAAAGAUGUCAGUGGCAUAAUGAAACCAGGGAUGAAUGCAAUCAUGGGGGCCACAGGAAGCGGUAAAACAUCACUGCUGGAUGUAAUCGCAGGAAGAAAAGACCCUGCUGGGCUACUCCAGGGACGGGUCUUAGUCAAUGGCAAGGCUGUCACAUCUGAACUCAGGCUUAGCUCUGCCUAUGUGGUUCAGGAUGAUAUCCUGAUGGGCACUUUAACCGUGAAAGAGAACCUUCUAUUUAGUGCCAACCUGCGCCUCAACCCAAAGUAUCACUCCUCCACCGAUAAGGAGGACAGAGUAAAUGCCAUCAUCCAGGACUUAGGCCUUACAGACUGUGCUGACACUAAUAUUGGCACUGAGUUUCUGCGGGGUGUAUCGGGAGGGGAGAGGAAGAGGUGCAGCAUUGGGAUGGAACUCAUCACUUCUCCCUCACUGCUGUUUCUGGAUGAGCCAACUACUGGACUGGACUCUAACACAGCAAACUGCAUCAUUGGUCUUCUGCACAAGCUGUCCAGAAGAGGUAAGACUGUGAUCUUCUCCAUUCACCAACCACGCUACUCCAUCUUCAAACAGUUUGACCACCUGACUCUGAUGCACAAAGGCGAGGUAGUGUAUGCAGGAGCAGCUGGUUAUGCAUUGGAGUACUUCACAGAUCUUGGAUUCCAAAUUGAGGCUUUCAACAACCCUGCUGACUUCUUCAUGGACAUCACAAAUGGAGAAGCAACAUCAACAGCAGAAUCGUUGGCUGGAGUGGAUUGUAACAACUCCCUGGCAAUGAAAUAUCACCAGUCCCGUCUGUACCAGAAUGUGAUAGAAGAGUUGGACCAUGUCAACCAGAGCAUUGCUGAAAUGGUCAUAGCUGAAGAAGAAGCAGUGGACUAUGCCACCUCUUUUCUCUAUCAAAUGCGUGUGGUGUGUGGCAGGACAGUGCUGAACAUUCUGAGGAAUCCACAGACCUCUUAUGCCCAGUUGGCUCUCAACAUCUUCUUUGCAAUUCUGGUGGGACUCAUUUACUACCAGAUGCCCUUGACAUUGCCUGAGGCUUUGCAGAAUAGGAGUGGAGCCUUUUUCUUCCUUAUCAUCAACAUGGUGUUUGGGAAUCUUUCUGCUGUUGAACUCUUUAUCAAUGAAAGGGCUAUCUUUAUCCAUGAGAACUCCAGUGGCUACUACCGUACCUCCGUCUACUUCCUGUCUAAGAUCUUUGCUGAUCUCCUCCCCAACCGCAUGAUCCCAAUCUUUGUAUUUUCAGCCAUCGCCUACUAUAUGAUGGGGUUGAAACCUGCCUUUGAAGCCUUCCUCUGCUUUGCUCUGACCAUGUCUAUGGUCAGCCUGGCAGGAGUUGGACUUGCUUUUCUCGUCUCAGCGAGUGUAUCUACAUUUGCGAUGGCUAACAUCCUCAUUGCUCUACCCUUUGUGUUUAUGAUGGUCUUUGGUGGAUUCCUUGUCAAUCUAAAUGCCAUGCUGAACUGGCUCUCUUGGCUGAAAUGGAUCAGUAUUUUCAGAUAUGGACUGAAUGCCGUCAACAUCAAUGAGAUGAAAGGACAGUUGUUCUUAAGCAACACUACAAUUAUCCCAGGGGAGCUGUUUCUGAGAAGCAUGGACAUCGACUACUCUGUGUGGGGCUUCUGGCAGAACCAAGUGGCUCUACUGGGAAUCAUUGUUGUCUGCAUGGUCCUGGCCUAUGUGCAGCUGAGACGAAUCAACCGCUGGAAAUGAUGCCUGCCCAUUUGUUUGUGUAUCUAUCAUGCACUGUACAAUAUGUCUUUAUUCUAUUUAU